AUGACUGCACCAUCAAAGGAAGAUAUUGUACCACUUUGGUUAGACUGCGACACAGGGCACGAUGAUGCUUUGGCCAUUCUGUUGUCCGCACAGCAUCCUUCCAUAAACCUCCUGGGCAUCAGCACAAUCCAUGGGAAUGCCUCUCUCAAUAACACCACAUACAACACCCGGGCUAUCUUGAAGGCUAUUGGCCGCGAGGAUGUUCCCGUUUACAUCGGUGCCUCGAAGCCAUUCUGCCGCACUCCUGCUGCUGCAGCCGACAUCCACGGAGAAUCCGGACUCGAUGGAACGACAUGUCUACCUGUGCCGACAGUGCCUGCGAGGACAGAUCUGACAGCAGUGGAUGCCAUGUAUCAAGCUCUAAUCGCUCAGCCUGCCGGAACCGCAUACGUUGUCGCAACGGGUGCUUGCACGAACAUCGCUUUACUUUUUGCUGUAUAUCCUGAUCUCGCAGAACAUAUCGCUGGUCUAUCCAUCAUGGGUGGGGCGAUUGGUGGUGGCUUCAGCGAUGCACCAAUGGGUAUAGUGCAUGGUAAGGAAGAUAGACCUGGGAAUUGGACACCUUUUGCAGAGUUUAACAUCUAUAUUGAUCCGGAGUCGGCUAGCUCCAUCUUCUCCAACGAGAUCCUGUCGAAGAAGACUACAUUAAUCCCUCUCGAUCUCACACAUCAGUUCCUCGCCACGGAGGAUGUGCAGCAGGGUAUGCUGCACGGCUUCAAUAAGACACAAGCUGCAGCCGGCAACCAAGUCUCGUUACCUCGAAAACUGUUUUACGAGAUUCUAACAUUCUUUGCCAAAACAUACGCAGAGGUAUUCGGGUUGACGCAAGGACCUCCAGCACAUGACCCGUUGGCCGUUGCGGCCAUUAUUUUCAAUGACUUAUUCCAUGACAAUGAUGGCGAGCGAUACGCAAUCGAAGUCAUUACAGAAGGUCUGCAUGGAUCGUCCGUUGAGAUACGGUCGAGCGAGUCUCAAUGCGGGCGGACGAUUGCUACAUUGUUGCCGAAGGGCACCGCAGGUGUCAGGAUUCCUCGAUCGCUCGAAAAGGAACAAUUGUGGCGAUUAUUAGAAGGGUGUCUAACGCGGAUUGGGGCGAAGGGAUUGAAUUGA